AUGGAAUCUCGUAUCAAUUUUAAUGAAACACCAGCACCACCACCAGCACCAACGCCCAACACCACCACCACCAACUCAGGGGAUAGUGUUACUUCCAACGUUGAAAGCUUUGCUUUUAAUUUUGCAAACCUUCGAAUUGCUACUUCUUCUUCUAGUCCUGCCUUGAAUCAAACCCAACAGAUUCUUCAUACUAAUGGAACAGCGCCACCAACGCUCAACACCAACUCAGGGGAUAGUGUUAGUUCCAAACUUAGAAGCCUUCCUUUUAAUUAUGCAAACCUUCGAAUUGCUACUUCUUCUUCUACCUCUAGUCCUGCGUUGAAUCAAACCCAACAGAUUCAUCAUACUAAUGCAAAUUAUGAAACUGGGCUCCAACAUAUUCCUCUUUCUCCCUUUGCGUUGUAUCCACAAAGACAAAGUAUAUGGUCAUCGCCGGACAAUUGGCUCGGAGGAAAUUAUUUGUGUAAUGGAUAUUACCCUAACCAUCAAGAAAACUCUCUGUCAAGUGCAAAUCCUGGUUUUGAGGGCGCAUCCACAAGUAAUUGGGCCAACCAAAAUGACCUUGGUAGAUAUCAUGCAGCUAGUGUGUUACAAGGAAGGGGAGAUAGUGUAAUGAAUGCAAAUUUGAACUUGCUCGGUGGUGGAAGGAGUCAAAAUUCUUCGUUUGAUUAUCCACGUGAAGUAAUUGAAAGUAAUAGAACCAAUGCAGACUGUGGUUACUGCCAAAACUUCGGGGCUCCUGGUUGUUUGAGGAAUCAACAAAGCUUUGGUGGUGUUGGAUACCAAGGUGGUGGCAUGUUGCACUCAUUACAAGGUAAUGAUAUUGUUACUUUGGCGAACAUCCAAGAAGGUUCACAGUUUUUACAGGAAAUCUUGGUUUCAAGUAACCAAGAAAUUAUAAAUAAUUUAUUUGAUGGGGUUAUUGAUUCUUUAUCAAAGUUGAUGAUUUCCAAACAUGGAUACUAUUUCUUUGGUAAGCUUGUUGAGUCGGUCAAUGACCAUCAGUUGCAGCAAAUUGUAGUGAACAUAAUAACUCUGCAACCUCCUGGUGAAUCGCUUACUAGAUUAUCAUCAAAUUUACACGGAUCAAAAUCACUUCAAAAGCUUAUCAAAGUGCUUGUUGAAAAACCACUCUUGAUUUCUGAGGUGAUAUCAGCUCUAUCUGGGGAAUUCUUAAAAUUGAUGAAAUAUCGAACAGGAUCUUUGGUUAUUAUAAAAUGUUUGGAGGUUGCUAAUGCUCAAAGUGAGUUACUGUACGACGCAGCCAUAAACAACUUGUGCGAGCUAGCCAAAGAUGAAGAAGGAUGCAUAUCCUUAAACAAGUUCAUCACAAGUAGCAGAGGGUCAGGCAGAGAACAACUCCUACAUGCAAUGGCAGAAAGCUCAUUAUACCUCUCUCAAGAUCCCUCAGGGAACUAUGUUUUGCAACAUGUCCUAGGUCUCGAUGAUCCUCAAGUCACUAACAAAAUAUGCUUACGUCUGAAAGGUCACUUUGCACACCUCUCUUCACAGAAAGGUGGCAGUUAUGUGGUAGAAAAAUGCUUGAACUCUGUCGGGAUGAAUUAUGUGAUUGAGGACUUUCUAAGUUACAACAGGCUCUGUCAACUUGCUAGGGAUCAAUAUGGUAACUAUGUGAUCCAAGCAGCAUUGAAAGCCACUAAGGUAAACAUUUUGAACUACAUAGCUAUGGACAUUUCAGAUUUUAUGCACACUAGGAAUAUAUUCCUAUUCUUCACUGCUGAUGAAUAG